GUGGCGUCACCCGGGGCGGUGGUGAGCCAGGUGAGAACAGGUGGUUGGAUCAGCUGGUCGAGGUUGGUGCAGCAGGUGGAUAUGAGCCAGCUGCGGGGGGACCAGCUACAGGUGGUGUGUCGCGCCGAGCACUCUGCCCUCAACCUUCCCAUCGACAAGACGCUAUUCAUCACAGUCAUCAGACCCGCGGAAGCACCGGUAUUUGAGGGCCACCUGGAGCGAGAGGUCAUAGCCGGCACCUCCCUUGACCUGGUCUGCUCUAUCGUGGGAGGUCAUCCACCCCCCUCCGUCAAGAUCUACAAACAAGGAUUGUUAGUACCGACGGAGGUGACGCAGGAGGGCAGCGUGACCCGCGCCAGGAGCAGGGUGGAGGUCAUACCAGCUGACAAUGGAGCAGAGGUCAAGUGCGAGGUGAUCAGCCCAACCAGUGUGUCACCCAAAGUCACCGCCACCAAGCUCUCUGUACUGUUCGCCCCUCAGGAGGUGACAGUGUCGGCGGAACCCAGCACGGCGGAGAUGGGCGGCAUAGUGACCGUAUCUUGCCACGCCUCUCCCAGCCUCCCUCAAGCCAACAUCACCUGGAGGUCUGGGGGCGUCCCGCUGAAGGGGGCUCUUAUACACUCGGCUCCUGCUGCGUUUGGAGGGACCAGCACCAGGUCUGAGGUGCAGUUGAGAACGACGGCUGAGGACAACGGAAGAGUGUUGGUGUGUGAGGCAGACAAUGGUGUGGGUGCCGCCAUCCACAAGAAGAUCACUCUCAAUGUUUUGCACCCGCCACUGUGGGUGAAGAAGCCCGCCGCCCAGCUGAACGUGAGGGAGGGCGCCCAGGUGGUCGUCACAGCCACGGCCGUCGCCAACCCGCUGCCUGUCAGGUACUGGUGGAGACGCGAUCGUGAGACUCUGGUGAGCGCCGGCGGGGAGCUGCGACUGGGACGGAUCACCAGGGAUAUGGCCGGUAAUUACACCGUCAGCGCCUACAGCCAGAGGGGAGCCGUCAACACCACCUUCUUCAUCAACGUUAAGUACGGACCUGAGGACGUGAAAGCUCCAGAACGCGUGACUCUGGAUGAAGGUGACAGUGUGAACGUCCAGUGCUCAGCUACAGGCAACCCACCCCCACACCUCACCUGGACCAGCAGGAACCACACUCUGAGCUCAGGUGUGGGUGUGGCGCGGCUAAUGCUGACGUCAGCCAGGCGUGAGAACACAGGCGUGUACCAGUGUAGCGCCUCCAGCCUGCUCGCCUCACCCCCACCCGUGACAACCAAACUCAUCGUCACACGUACGUAUGCUACUUCUCAACCUAAUAUAUUAAUCUUUAUAUGGUAGAACUGAUGUCUCCCUGUGCUUCUUACCC